AAACCUUCCGCGAAACCCCCUCACAUCACAAAGAUAAAUCUAAAAUCACUUGACGAGGGUUUCAGUCCUUUGUCAAGAUGAUGAUCUUGAUCUCAUCCCCAACCAUGGCGUUUCGCCUGAUGAGAAGUGCAGUCACCCCAAAGCGAUUCCCCCUUGGUCCACGCCUGAUCCUCCAAGCAAAUGGUUGGAAAUCUCCAUAUUGUCAAGAAAUUCGCGCUGUCACCAUCCCCGCCAAGAAACCGGAAUUUUACGUCCCCAGGGCUGAACGAGCUACCAGCAAUCGCAGUGAGUUCGAAAUGGACGUCAAUGCUGGCAACACUCGAUUGGCUCGAAAUCAGCGAACGUGUCCAACCCGAGAGCUCUACUUUUUGCAUUCGCAGUGGGGAAAACACAAGAGUCCUUACAGAAAAUUUCGGCACAUGGCCUACCUCUUUCAAUCGGCACCUUUUCAACGUUUGCUCUUCCCCGAUCUAUUCUGUGUCACUACCGUGGCAGGAUUGCUGACGUACUACAAUGAGUUUGUGGCGACAUCAACGGCAACAGGUCUCAGCAUUUCGCCGACGGCUUUUGCCGGGGCUACCACGGCUAUUGGUUUGUUGGCUGGUUUCCGUCUCAACAACAGUUACGGCAGGUACAAUGAGGGACGCAAAAGCUGGUCCGAUACGCAAACUACUCUUCGUGAUUUGGCGCGGCAAACCGUCAUGUGGGUUCCCGAAAAUGAUGAUAUGAAGACGCGCAUGUUGCGCUUGUGUCAAGCCUUUCCCGUGGCCUUUUUAUUUCACCUCAAUGAUAAGGGAUGUCAUUACAGUAUGAAACGUAUGUCAAGGCUGGGAGACAAGCAGUUUUAUGGUCGUGUACAGGCCGAGUUCGAAGCGGAACUUGCCGAUGUCUUCUUUUAUUCUCCUCCCGGUGGUAGUGACGACAAGAAUGACAAGACAACAGUCGCCAAUAACGCCACCACUCCUCCGAUUCUUCAAGAAGACUUCGACAGGAUCUGUCAAGUCAAAGCCAAUGGAGGCAAUGUCCCUCUCGAGAUCAUCACCUGUAUGGGCGAAACUCUGACAGCUGUGAGCAGUGUCAAAGGUAACCCCGAGGCGUUACACCCUGUGUUUGUGCGUGCAUUGGAUAGUACAAUCGAACGCCUCACCAAGGCAUUGGGAAGUGGCGAACGCAUUGCCAAAACACCCUUGCCAACCGGCUUUACUCGACAUUCUUCACGAAUGCUCUUUGUGUGGUCCAAUUCUUUGCCCUUUGCACUUUACCCACUCUUGGGGCCAAUGGGAACAAUUCCCACGACGCUGCUGACAAGUUAUGCAGUUCUUGGGAUUGAAGAUAUAAGCGUUCAGCUCGAAGAACCAUUUGACGUUUUGCCCCUUCGACAGUUCAGCAACACCAUGUAUCAUAGCAUCCAGGCUAUUGAAGCAGGAUUCACACCACGCCCACGCUCGUGGCCCUCCUCCGACUGAUGCUACCACACAAUACAACAAUCGUUGGAUCUUUCAACGGUGGAAUCUACCGCCAACUCAUGGCCCUCCGCUUCAAAUUGAUGAUGCAUCAAUUGUUCGAGGAAUUUCAGGCAAACGUACAACAAACAAUUCCUGGGCAUUCUCCUAAACAACAAAUACAACUAAUUUAAAUAAAUGAUAUGAUAGAUUGAGAUAAAGAAACUAGCUAAAUGACUUUCAACAUUG